AUGGCAAAUGACACAUCAGUGCAUGAGUUCGUUCUUCUGGGCUUCCCAACUCUUCGGCGGUGGCACCUGUCACUGUUUGUACUCAUCCUUGUCAUAUACAUUCUCACCUUGGCAGGGAACGGCCUCAUCAUCAUCAUCGUGAGAGUCAGCAAGCAACUCCAGACCCCAAUGUAUUUUUUCCUGAGCAAUCUGUCUUUCCUUGAGAUCUGGUACACAACCACUGUCAUCCCUAAAAUGCUGGAGACCUUCUUGAUAGCCAGGACCACUAUCUGCCUCCAUUGUUGCGUGGUACAGUCCUUCUUCCACUUCUUCCUUGGCAUCACUGAAUUUCUCAUCCUCUCCAUCAUGUCCUUUGAUAGAUACAUUGCCAUAUGCAAACCUUUACAUUACACCACAAUUAUGACCAAAAACCUCUGCUUACUGUUGACACUGGGUUCCUGGUCACUGGGAUUUGUAGUUAUCUUCAGUCAGGCAGCUUUGAUACUGAAAUUGCCAUUUUGUGCUGGCAACACAAUUGACCAUUACUACUGCGACGUUGGCCCCAUUUUGAAAUUGGCCUGUGGAGACACCAGCCUCAUUGAAUUCCUUGGUUUGUUGGGGACAGCCAGCAUAAUCCCAAGUUCCUUUCUCUUCACUGUGGUCUCCUACAUCUACAUCAUCUCAACCAUUUUGAGGAUUCCUUCCAGCAAGGGACGACAGAAAGCCUUCUCCACUUGUGCUUCCCAUCUCACGGUGGUCACCAUAUUUUAUGGAGCUGUUCUCUUCAUGUACUUGAAGCCCACGGCACACUCCUCUGUCCACAGCAACAAAGUGGUCUCUGUUCUCAACACGGUAUUAACCCCAUUGCUGAACCCUUUCAUAUACACCAUACGGAAUAAAGAGGUGAAAUCUGCCUUGUGGAAAGCUAUAACAAAGUGA